AUUGAAUGAAGGAAAAAACCUCACUGUUCUUUUCCACCUACCCACCCAUUCCCCCCCCCCCCAGCACCCCGGGGGUUGGCGUGUGAAAAUAUACUCCGGGUUGUGGUGGAGCUUUCCAAUAUCAGUUUUGACUGCUCUCUACUUCUCUAGCUUUGCUUCUCUCUCCGCAUUCCAUCAACCUAAAUUCCAGAAGAAAGCUCCUCAUAAGCUUCUGCAUCUGCAAUCAUGUCAAGCUUGGAGGAGUCUCUUAGUCUAGAUAGGUUGCCAAGGUUGACCAAUAUUGAUGGGCUGGAUGGUAGAUUCUCAUCAAAUGGCUGUAGGCGGCCAGCGGGAGAUGAUGGAAUGAGGGAACGAUGGAUUGAUGGGAGAAACUGCAGCUCAUCUAACAGCUGUGAAGAAGAUUUUGAUGAAUAUGGCAGAGGAAGUUUUGCAAAGAGAAGACAAUUUAGAGAUAAACCAUAUAAUGGUGUGUCAAACCGUAGAAGUUUGAAUGGGGGAAAUAGGCACAUGUUAUUCAGUAGUGUACCGAAGUAUGUGAAGAUAGUUGAAGUUGGGCCAAGGGAUGGAUUACAGAAUGAAAAGAAUACUGUCCCUACAUCUGUAAAGGUUGAAUUAAUUCGUAAACUUGUUUCCUGCGGAUUACCUGUGGUUGAAGUAACGGGUUUUGUUUCACCAAAAUGGGUACCUCAGCUAUCUGAUGCAAAGGAAGUGAUGCAAGCAGUUAAGAACUUGGAAGGAGCAAGAUUGCCUGUAUUGACCCCCAAUCUAAAAGGCUUUGAAUCUGCAAUUGCAUGUGGAGCAAAAGAAGUAGCAGUUUUUGCAUCUGCUUCAGAGUCAUUCUCAAAGUUGAACAUUAACUGUAGCAUUGAGGAGAGUCUUGUUCGUUAUAGAGACGUCUUAUCUGCUGCUAAAAAGCUCUCAAUACCCGUUCGGGGGUAUAUAUCAUGUGUUAUUGGGUGCCCGGUUGAAGGAACAGUUCCACCUUCAAAAGUUGCAUAUUUGGCAAAGGAACUUCACGAUAUGGGUUGCUUUGAAAUCUCACUAGGUGACACCAUAGGAGUUGGUACUCCUGGAACUGUCAUCCCCAUGCUGGAAGCUGUGAUGGCUGUUGUUCCAGUUGAAAAGCUUGCUGUCCAUUUCCACGACACUUACGGGCAAUCACUUCCAAAUAUCUUAGUUUCUCUUCAAAUGGGGAUAUGCACGGUGGACUCAUCAGUAGCCGGAUUAGGAGGGUGCCCUUAUGCGAAAGGAGCUACAGGGAAUGUGGCAACAGAGGACGUGGUGUACAUGUUGGAUGGCCUAGGUGUGAAAACUAAUGUCGACCUCAGAAAGCUAUUGGUGGCCGGCGAUUUUAUCAGCAAGCAUUUGGGACGUCAGUCUGGCUCCAAGGCUGCCAUUGCAUUGGCCCGGGUUUCAGCCGAAGCUUCUUCUAAAAUAUAAUUGAAGUAUAGCACCAGCACAUUUGAAUAUGAAGCUCCCUUGAUUCCUUCCAAGAAAAUCGGAGUCUCUGGGCCCCUUUUUUCUAUAGCUUUUCUUUCUGUUUUUAAACCACAGAGUGGUGUGUCUAAAAGUAACAAAGGAAGCAUUUACAUAUAUGGAUGCAAAACGACUUUCGUAUAUAAUUUUUUCUUAUGAAUAUGUCAACACAAGAAUGGCAGAACCAUCCGUGUUAGUUUACUUUGGACGCUGUCUCUGUUCUGGACUUCCGGUCCUUCCAAAUAUAAAUACACCCUAUGAAAUUCUUU